AUGACAGGGCGACUUUGGACCUCACCGGCAGUGGUGGCGCUGCUCGCCAGCUGGGCCAUCACGGCUUCCAUCUUGCUGUUCGUCAUGACCCACAACUGCCAGUCACCCGGCCUGCAUCCAUCCAACGCGCCCGAAUUGCCCCUGGUUCGCCCGGCCAACGCCGGCACCGGCACUGGUGCCGACCGUGGUGCUGCCCUUCAUCCUCGUGCCACAACGCACACACCAGCACCCCUCCGCAGCACGACCAAUGGAGCGCCCGCUGCACAGUGUGCAGACUGGCGGCGCGUGGUCUAUAUUAAGACCCACAAGACGGGGAGCAGCACCUUGACCAACAUUCUCCACCGCUAUGGCGUGGCCAAGAACCUCAAGAUGGCUCUCCCCACGGACAAUGUGUUUUAUGCCUGGCCGCAAGCGGAUCCGCAUCGAAUCAUGCAAAGUGUUGAUACUGUCAACGGGAGCCAGCCCCCAUAUGAUAUGCUUGUGAGCGCACAUGUGCGCUACGUUCCCGAGGCCUUGGAACAUCGCCUGAAAGAGACAGACCGCAUGCUUACCAUCAACAGUUUCGCAUUCGAUCUCGGGUUGACCGAUGACCCGCUGCCUGCACAAGUCACACAGCUGAUCGAGGAGAUGGAGCGAAAGUUUGCCAUGGUCAUGAUCACGGAACACAUGGACGAAAGCCUUUUGCUCCUCAAGCGCCGAAGCGAGCGCAUUCAAAAAAUAAGCUGGGCCGACUGGCGCCUCUACCAACACUUCAACGCCAGCCUCUUUCGCCAAAUCGCUGCGGAACCAGGCUUUGAGCAGGAACUGACCGACUUUCGUGCUAAAAUCAAGGCAGGGCCACAUGCGUUGUUUCACCACUGCCUUUGCCGGUUUCUGCCCAAAGCAACUUCUCGGGCCUCGCCUUACACGAUUCAAUGUGUUUGGCCUGCCAACGCCCAACAGUUUUGGAGCCUCAAGUGCCAGGACUACCAGAUGUGGGAUGAGGAUGCACACCGCGUCCAAUUGGAAGAAAGGACCCUCACCACUGAUCAGCGACAGUGCCACUACAUGUGGCUUGAUAGCAAGGGCUUCGUCAAACACCUCAAGCGGCAGCACGGCUAUCCGAUUGACAAGCUGGAGUGCUGGGCGACGUAUCCUGCCCGCAAGAUUCUGAACCUGGUGACGGACCACCCGGCUGAUGAUGUCAUUAUCAAUCUUUUGGCCCAAUGGUCCAUUACCUCAGGCUCCUCGAUGGUGGUCCCGGCCGAGAGCAAGGCAACGGCACGGGAACAGGGCCUAAUCUAUGCGCCCACAACUACAUGGUGGACCAAGCCCGGACCCCAAAUCUAUGCCGUCCCGGGCCUACGCUACGACCGCCCGUACAUGGAUUCUUGGGUGCCAAGCCUCAUCUUCAUCGCCGUCUUCCGUCACCCCGUCCAAGAGUUUCUCGAUGCUUGGCGUCGGUUGGACAUGCCGGGGCGACUUCAACGCAAGCUGGGGCGCGACAUUUCCCUUGCACAGUUUUUGUUAGACCCGCACCGGUUCCUCGCAGCGCUUACCACGGAUGACUUUGAUGUGCGUUUCCAUCUACUGGAUCGCCAAGCGUAUCGCAUGGGCUUUCCUCGCGAUGCUCCCACCAAAGAAGCAGAGGAGUACAUGAUGAAGCAUCUGUGGUGGUUUGCGCACAUUUUGGUCGCUGAGCACAUUGAUGAGUCAAUGGUUAUGCUGCGCCGCACCAUGUGCUGGCAAGAAGAGACGAUUGCCAUCUUCGAUCGCGAACGGUUUCGGUCCUCGACAACCCUUCGCGUACGUACAAGUCGCUUCUGGCCGCUUUCUCGUCGCUGA